GUUAUGUGACAUUAUUAUAUUUGGUUUAAUUUUGCGAUUAUUAAAAUUGUUUUACAAUGGAUUUGAGUGAAUUUUUGAAUUUCUAUCAACCAUCUACAAGUCCAGCAAUUAAAGAAACAGAUUUGGAAGAUAACUAUUCGAUUAUGUCGUUGUCUCAAUCAAAAGUGUCAACUGUUAAUGGAAUGCUUUUGCAAUUAUUGUCCCCAAGUGAAGAUACACUCAAAACAUGCUUGUACUCGGACCGUCAUAAUAACAAUAAUAAUGACGUUAACUGUGAUCAGUCCUUCAUUUCAUCAAAUAAUUCAAUUUUGAAUGUUGAUAGAUUUCAUCUUAAAAUUGGCCGUCAAUUUGGAUCAAAGCGAUCAGAACUUGACAACAUCAACUUAUACGACUUGACAUCAGAGAGUAUUUACUCUGACACCAUUGAUCAACUCGUGUUCAAUAUCGUCCAUCAAAACAAUCUAAGUCCUGCAAUCUUGGACAUCAAUGACAAUGAACACUCAGAAACACUUUAUUACCAAUAUUAUGACGACUAUCAAGCUUUACAGCCCAACCAACACUUCACCUACAAUGAUUACAUCAAACUGAGAGCAAACACUUUACUACUCUCUAGACUUGGAUACAAGCUGACAAUAACAUUGAAUACAGAUAACGAUAAACCAGAAACUUGGAAUCCAAAUGUAGCCAAGAAAAUAUUAUCCGUUGAUUAUUCACCAUUGAGUUUAGUGAAGCAUUGUUACCCUGCACAAACACCUUUGGACCAAUUAGAAACUUUCCUUUUAGCAGAAGUGGUGAAUACUUUUCAAGAUCAACGACCAAUUAACUUGCCUGACAUUUCACUCAAAAUCAAAGGUGGUCCCCCACCAGCAAUAUUUGUUUCCAUUUGCAUGAGGUUCAGAAGUUUUAGAAAACUAUGUAAUAACGAUAAAAUCGUUCUUCUGUCGAACUCAUUUUAUGAUGUGAAUUCUAUGUAUCGGGUUUACAAUUACAAUCAAUCAACUGAUGAUUGGAUAAACCCAGAUUAUGGGACAAGAUUUGGAAGACGUGACUUAUUCAUUUGGAAUCGCUCAUUGCAUGAUAUGACUGUUCCUGUUAUCGAAUCAUUCCCGGAUAGAUGGAGAAAAGAUGAAGUAGUUGAAGUUUUGAUCGGUUUGAUAAUUGUUUUCAAUCCUGAUCAAGUUGAACUCAACUAUCCCGAUUCAGUUAGACAUGAACAGUAUGUUUACAUUUACCUGCUUAAGCGCUAUUUGGAGUCAGUCUGCCAAUCACCUUCUGAUGCUUCAGACAAUCUUUACAGGUUAAUGGUGGCUGUUGAAAAAUUCCGGGAAUUGGGUAAAGCUUCGUAUGAAUCAAUCAAUUUAUUCGAGCCUGGUUAUCACAGAUCUCUACGAAACUUUAUAAUCGAUGUAAUCAAUAACAAGUAGACUCUAAAAGUGCACAUAAACUGGAGCCAACCAAAGA